ACACUGAACGUUAACUUCUUGCAUGAGUGAUAGCCUGCUAGCUGCUAGCUGCUAGCUUUGUGCCUGCAGUGAGCAGUUAGCAUAGCCAGCUAGUUACCGUUAGCUCGCCUGUGUUGAAACUUAGCGCUCCUUUUUUCUACUAACGUUAUUAAACGUUGGUGUUGGCGCCAGACUGACGGCGUUUACGCUCUUAUUUAACACGUCUGCACUCUGCCUUUCUUCGUAACGCGGUUACAAACGUUAAUGUGUUGUUUAUAGAGAGCUGUUAGCUAACUAAGUCCAUUGUAGUUAGCCACAGCUGGCUAGCUUCUCUCUCACUUGGUGUUUUGAGCUUUCCUCCAUGUUCUUUUCUCUCGGAUCUUCAUCUAUCAUGUUGACAGCUGGCCUGCACAUGAAAACGCCACAAUGCUGCUGCUCGCCGUGAUUUUAUGUGUGGCAUUGUGUUAUUAAAGCUGUUGUGUGUGCAGGGAUGUAGCAAGCUGUGAUUUAUGGGCCCUGUGGAAGAAUAACCCUCAAAACAAUCCCGAGUAGUGGAAAUGUUUUGGGUGUCCUCCUGCAGUGGGUACCUCAGAAGCUGUCUUCCUGUUUAUGCUAUCAGUGUCUGUUAGAAAUGUUAAACCUACUGAGUGGACACAGAUUUAUGUGUCAGCUACAAACAUGGAUGCAGGUGAAGACCAAAACACAGGCACUACUAAUGGAAAUCCUCAGGCAAGCGGGAACUCUCGUGCACCCCAGAUAGCCCACAUGUCUCUAUACGAGAGACAGGCUGUGCAGGCUCUUCAAGCACUUCAAAGACAGCCAAAUGCAGCUCAGUACUUCCAACAACUUAUGCUGCAGCAACAGAUCAGCAGUGCCCAACUCCACAACUUGGCCGCUGUGCAACAGGCCACACUUGCAGCUAGUCGUCAGUCCAAUACCCCAAGUAACAGCAUGUCCCAGGCGCCGACCACAGUAAGUGUUGUCAACUUAAGCACCACAUCUGCAGGAGGUACCAUGACCAACCCCCGUCCCCAUGGCCCGGCCACUUCUGCAACGACAACAGCUCUCAACCAGUCAGUGUUGCUGGGUGGAAACUCUGCAGGACAGGGACAAAUGUAUCUUAGGGUCAACCGCUCUCUCAGGGCUCCCCUUGCCUCUCAGCUCAUCUUCAUGCCUGGUGGUACAGCAACAGCUACUGUAGCAACUGUUGCCCAGACGCAGCAGCAGCAGCAGCAGCAACAGCAGCAGCAACAACAACAACAACAACAACAACAACAACAGCAGCAGCAACAGCAACAACAACAACAACAGCAGCAGCAGCAGCAUGAAGUUGCUCCUACCACUGCUAGUGCCCAGUGUGACAAUGAUCAGGUGCAGAAUCUGGCCCUACACUGCGCUCCCAGAGCAGUGGCUGUCAAGUCUGAGCUCCCAGAGAGGAAAGAUGUUGCCAGCUUUCCUCUCGGUCAACAGCAGCAGCAGCAGACAUUUGCCCAGACAGCUCAGCAGCAGCAAGUGCAACCACAACAGCAACAACAAAUGGCCAAACCCAACUUUGCGCAGCAGUCCACUGCUAACACUAUGACUGUAAAGACUGGAAACCAGGCUGCCAUGACUGUUACUCCUGCUGUUUCUGUAGCUCCUUCCUCCACCUCCUCUACAGCACUCCCUCUCUCCCAGCUCCUCCUGUCCUCCUCUGCUGCCCCUGUGAUCCUGGUGCCCACCUCAAAUGUUCCUACCACAACCCAGGGCUACCCCAUUGGCUCAGUGACUCCAAAAGCCAACGUUAACACUCAGACUCUGGUGGUGCAACCCCUACAACAGGCCAGCACUACUGUAGACAAAGGUCCUGUGCCGAUCCAGCCCAAGACAGCUCAGGGACACCGCUUACCUAUGCAGCUACCCCCUAGACACCCACCUCCCAUCCUCCCAGCGCCACCUAGCAACAACCAGGCUACAACUGGAGGGUACAACACUCCCCACAUCCCUGUGCAACUUGUAGGAGCCAGGCAAGGCUUAGCAGGAAACGUACAGGCUGUGGCUCUGGCACAAGUACGGAGCAACACCACCCAGGAAAGUACAGCCGGUGGGAAUGUCAGUGCAGUUUCCAACAACAGUGCUAUGUUAAAGCCUGCCAUUGGUUCUCUGAAGAGAAAGUCUGACUGUGAUGCACCAAAUGAGAUGGUGACAGAAUCUUCAAACUCUGCACACAUGAAAGAUUCUGCUCCUCCCUUAUCCCCUGCCCCUGCAAAGGACUCAGCCCCCCUUGCAGCUGCCUUCUCAUCUCCCCCCACCCUGUCCUUGCCUCUGCCCUUGUCAAGAGUCGGACUUGGGGACAAAGACAGAGCCCCAGUUCCCCAGGCAGUGGUCAAACCUCAAGUCCUCACCCACCUCAUUGAGGGCUUUGUGAUCCAGGAGGGAGCUGAGCCCUUCCCCGUUGCUCGACUCCUCAAAGACAGCGAUUUUGCCCUGGUUGGCCGCUCAGAGAACGGACCUCCAUUGUUAAAGUGUGAGUACUGUGGAAGCCUCGCCCCUGCCAGCCAGUUCAGAGGAUCAAAGAGGUUCUGUUCAAAUACUUGUGCUAAGAGGUAUAAUGUAAGCUGCAGCCAACACUUCAAGACAAGCAGAGGGAGAAGUGGUGCAGGCCUGGCACCACCUCCAGCACCCAGUGAGAGCGCUGCCAGGAGAAGGGGCCCCACUCGCAGGAGCAGUUCUAAUAACACCUGUAAUAAAAUAUCAAACAGACAUCUAGCUGUCAAGUGUCACUCUGAGUCCAGCCGCUCGGAGGACGUAUCCAGUGACGGGGAAGGAGAGGAGGACGAUUCUCCCUCACUGUCCCCAAGCUCUUCACACUCCUGCUCAAGAGCUGGGCACAGCGCUCCUCCGUCAGACAGCUCAGCUCCUGGAAGCCUCCCACUAGAGGGGGCUAACUUUCUCUCUGCAACUCCUGCUCAGUGGAGUGUGGAAGAAGUCUGCAGGUUUAUCUCUUCACUUCAAGGCUGUGAGGAGUUGGCUGCCCAGUUCCUGUCACAGGAAAUAGACGGGCAGGCUCUGUUGCUUCUGCGAGAGGACCAUCUCAUCUCCACCAUGAAUAUCAAGCUGGGUCCAGCUCUCAAGAUCUGUGCCUCUAUCAACACCCUGCGUGAGUGAUGCAGUCAGUGCUUCAGAGGGACAGCAGGAUCCUUUUCUAAUUGAUGAUUUCUCACUGGAAUCAAUAUCUCGACUUACUCCUCUUUAGUAAGAAGAAACUAAGCUCUAUGGCAAGGUGGGAAACUUUUUGACUGAACUUUUUGAAAUGUGAACAUCUUCCAGCCACUGACAAAUAAAUAUUUAAAUUCACCAGCCACUCAAUAGUCAAUCAUUGUGAAAUCUCUACCAGCCACUUUCAUAUUUUACCAGCAUGUGGCUGGUGCUGAUUUCCCACUCUGGGGGGACAAUAAACACAAAACAGUGGUGCACCAUCAAUCAUGUGGAGACAUGGACAGUUUACUUUCUGGACAUUGAAUGUGCAAAAACAUGUAUGUAUACUGUUAUGUGUGAGUGGUGAGCAUGGACAGUCUGAAGUAUCCAUGUCAGUGGUGUUUGUCAGUUUUUUUUUCUGUCGCUGUGUAGAGGCCUUUUGUAUGUAUUCUCUUGUGAAACUGUGCAAAUCUGCCAGUCUGCAGUAAUCUGUGCUAGAUCUUCUAGCUAGGACAGUUUACCUGUUGGGUAAAAAAAACAAAACAAAAAAAGAAACGUUGCCUUCUUGCUGUAUUUCAAAGGGUGCUUUAACUUUAGUGAUAUAUGAUUUGAAGUGAUGUCAAAAACAGUCCACUUCACUUUAAAGGAAACAGUUCAUCCCAAAAUCUAAAAUAAAUGUUUUUCUCUCUCACCUGUAGUUCCAUUUAUAGAUCUAGAUCAGGUGUUGGCCAAAGUUUUUUCUCUUGGAGGGCCAAAACUGAAACUUAAUGGUGGGUCACAGGCCAAAAGCACCUAUCGGACUGUAUUGUUAAGAUGCCAAAUGGUACCUGUUGGCAAAUCCUGGGCGCCACUUUAGGCAGCCGUGAUCUAGAUUGUUUUAGUGAGAGUUACUUACUUUUGUAGGUACAGUAUGUCUGCCUUCUCUCAAACAUAAUGGAACUAGAUGGCACUCGGCUUGUGGUGCCAAAAAAUAAGUUUGAAAAACUCAACAGCAAUAUCUCUUUCUAGAAAUCAUGACCCAGUUACUCAAGUUGAUGUACAGAUCUUGUUGUGAGCAGUUUCUUUUGGCGCUUUGAGUUCCAUUAUAUUUGAGAGAAAGCAGAUAUCUCUGACUGAUAUCUCCAAAACUCUUCAACUCACACCAAAACAGUCUAGAUGGAUAAAUAGUACUACAGAUAAGAGGAAAAAUAUGUAUUUUAAAUUUUCAUGUGAACUGCCCCUUAAAUAUUUCAGUCUUUUAGUAGUUGUUAUUUUAUCAUAGAUGUUCAAUCCAGGCUCCAAUCACAUCGAGCAAAGGACACUCAAAAAGCCUGGUUUAUUUUAGUUACUUUUACCAGUUAUUAAAAGUUUAGUUUUGUAUCUUUUCCAUUUUGUACUACAAUCAAAAUUAUUUUUUCAUGAAUACGAUAUAGUUUUAGUAGCUUUAAUCAACUUAACUACCUGAAAAUAGGUAUUCCUCAUGGUUUGGUCUCUCAAGGGCUGAGUGGAAGUUUUCUGUGUACAUGUAUGCAGUACUACCAAUAAACAAUACCUGUUACUGGA